UUUUUUAAUUCGUGUCAAAAAGAAUGUCUCUUUCUUUUCUUUCUAGCAACUCUUUAAUUCUAACUUUCCACAUGGCAUGUUUAAGACCAGGAGAUUCAAAAGUAUUCUUUACUUUCUUAAACUUCGUGUCAAGUCAAACCAGACAAGCAAAUUGAAACUGAGGGAGCAUAAAACAAGAGGACACAGAAUUCUUAUAACAAUACUAUCCUUACAUAUCUGCAGACUCUUACUAUAUUCACAUGGUAUGGAUGGACUAUCUCCAAUUACAGCAGAUAUAGGUUGCAAACCAGUUCAAGAGAUGGUGAAAGAUGGUGAUGAAAUGCCAGAUGAAUAUGUCUGCAAAGAUUUUCACUAUGGAACCAUAGAUGAUGAUGUUCCAGUUAUAGACAUACCGGUUGUUGAUCUGAAGGUCUUGACAUCUUCAUCAGCGUGUGGGAGAGAAGAACUCGGAAAACUUAGAUCAGCCCUUAGCUCAUCGGGUUACUUUCAGGUUUGACUAUUAACUCAAGUCUCAUUCUCCAUAACAUGA